GUCACGAGUAUGACGAGCAUGUUUAUUAUCGAGCUUCACUUGCCGUCCACGUACGACGUGUUCCAGCAGACAGGAGGGUAGCCCGCCGACCUAAAUCACAACUAAGGACUUCAAGUGAUUUGUUUUUGAGAAGCCCGUUUGCUCGACGUCACAAAAUGACGAGGCGGAGGUGCGUUCAAAGGCCUGUUGGACGUGUUGCUAACGUGAGCUAGCAACCUCAGCUAACCUCUAUCCAGCAGGGGGCGACAAAGCAGCACUAGCAGACUGGAGGCGGGCUCUCACUCUCAUGAAACAUGAAAAGGUCUGCAAGAGGUCGCUCGCAGGAAGAAAAUCCUGAAAAUGACCUGCACAAACUAAAACUGCAGUAUCGCCAAGCUGUAAAAGACAAGCAGGCGUUCGAUGACAAAAUCCAAAGCCUCCUCCUGAAAGACAGCAGGGAGAUCCAGAGACUCCAAAAUGAACAUGAGGAACUAUUACACACCCUUACCAUCGCACAGAGUAACUGUAACCAGAAGCAAGAAAUUAAUGCUGCACAAGACCUCGAAGUACUUUUGUCUAAUGAAGAAAGGAUAGAGGAGGAGUUGCUAGGCAACAAAAGCAGAUUGGUAUCUUACAAAAAGCAGAUUUUAGAAUGGGAGAGGAAGCUUGUAGCACAGAGGGGAGGGUAUGCACCACAUAACACGAAAACCGAAGACAACUCCGCUAAAGAUAUCGUGUCGAAAGAAGACAAGCUCUACAAGGGUCACAUAUGCUUCAAUGAGCUAAUGAUCAGGAACGGCCAGUUAAAGAAAGACAUAGACAUGCUGGAGAUGGAGAAGAAUGAGUUCCUGCAAAUUCAACUUCAGCUGAAAAAGGAGCUGCAAGGCAUUCGGAAGGAAAUUUCGGAUUUGAGUGCUAUGUGCACUAAAGCCAACAACGCCAGUGUUGCAAUCCAGGUAAGGCAGAAGAAGCUAAAGGAACAAAAAGCUCAGUUUGAAGCUCAGUAUACGCAAACAACGGCCAACUUGGAGCACGAAAUCGCCACGCACUGCAACCUUGAGGCUAUGGUGAACAUAAAGAAUGCCGCUGACGAGAGCUCCAACCGUGACAAAGAGGAUCUGAUGGAACAGCUACAGAGGUUGACCAUUCAUGAAGACACUAUAAGAAGAAUUCUCUAUGAGACGGGAGAAAGCGACCUGGACUCCCUAGUGCAGAACUACUUGGAAUUGGAGGAGGAGAACUAUUCUAUACUGGGCUUUGUCAACUAUCAACACUGGGAUGUGGAGGCCAUUCAGCAGCAGAUUGCUCAACUUAUCAAGGAGGGCGAGCUGUUUAAGGAGGAGCAGUGUCGGCACGGUGUGGACCGCAAAACUUUUCACGGGGCCAUUUCCACCAAGCAGAAGUCUGUCGAGGAGCAGCUGAAUGACUUCCGAAAGCAAAUUCACGUCAAGGAGGAUAUCCAAAAACAUCUAAAAACAGGUGUGCAGUCAUUACUGCGUAUCUGCUGUGACAGGUCUGAGAUCAGCUCGCUGGGCUCCAGCGACAGAGCGCUGGAUGAGCACAUGACGGCGUGCUUGAGGAUGGUGGAAGACAAAGUCAACAGCCUCCUCAAUCUGCAGUCCAUCAUUCUCUUCCAGGAGAACUUAACACAGUGUGACCUCGUUAGUGACGGCUUUGGUUCUAUAGCCGAUCAACUGCGGGGUAAGGGAAAUGCCCCAGCAGUCACCUUGUCCACAGGACCUACAACACCAACACCGGAUGAUGACAAGGCCCGCAAAAGCAGUCGUUCCGAAAGCAGGGGAGGCAAAGAGAGGCUAGGUUCUUACAGCAGCCCAUAAAUGGCCUUGCAGUGAUAGAAGACAAGAGGGACCAGAGGACUCAUAUACUGUCUGAGCACCAAAAUUAUUGAGCUGCUCGGUAUUGGCCUGCAUUGGCCAUUCAGACUUUAACAGUGAGGCUGGAUAUUUCCAUGUGGACUGAUGCGAUCCAUCUUUUUUCAGGUUUAGUGCACAUGUUCACUUUUUAAUGGGUCCUUAAAGCUGUUUUUAUGUUUUUUUCAAACGAGACCCCAGAUGAACUUCUCCUCCCGGAAUGGACUUAAAAGUGAUGUUCCAUCACUGCAGUUUGGGCUUUGAGAAAGACUACUAAUCAGUGGACCUCCAAAUGUGUCUAAAAACACGUGCAAGUGAGGCUUCUACAUUGUAGCCUCAUUUUUAGUAAAGGUAUAGCUUUGUAGAACUUUGGACUGUUCUGUUGUAAGCUUACAGGCUCAUUUCAAAAUGAUUUAUUAUGCUGUUUUUACACAUUGCUCUUCAUUUUAUAGCCACAGCUAUACUUAUGCACAGCAUCGUGCCAUUCGUUCGUUCCAGAAUGUAAUUUAUUAGAAGACAAAAAAAAAAGCAUGUCUUAAACCAUCCUAAAAGCCUUUUUUUUUUAAACACAUGACAACUGAUGAUGUUAUGUUGAAGCUGUUGAUAAUGUGACCAACAGGUGGGAAAAGUAGGGGACCUAAUCACGAACCCUGCAGAACACCGUAGAAAUGAGCAGAAAGGUUAGCGGCUGUAGGAACUGCUGUUAUUUAGAUUUGAUGGAACUAUGCAAAUUUGUACUGUUGCAAGUACAAAAAUCAAACCCUCCAGGUUCUUUAACUUUGUCCAAGCCCCACCACUUCACAGUACAUUUCAUAUGUGUUAAGUGUCCCUGCAUCGCGCACCCACGUCCUCACAUCUUUCUUUACAUGGACACAUGUGGACAUCUGACAAUUUCAUCAUUUACCAACUAAAAUCACCGCUACAGAUCGCUCUCAUCGGUUGAUCAAUGUCUUCAACGAAAGCGCUGGUAAAUUACAUGCAAUGUGUUGGAAAGUUUAUAAUUGACAACAAGAUAUACGUAGACAACUAGUGGACAAUAAGGGAGCCUUUGGCGAUGUUUGUUUUGCAAAUGACAAUAUGUGUCACGUGUGUAAAAAUGCCAGCAGUUUAAGAGCUGAAGGUAAAUACACUUAAGUUUAAAGGGGAAGAUUAUCACCAGACCUAUGUAAGCGUCAAUAUAUACCUUGAUGUUGAAGAAAAAAGACCACAUAUUUUUUUAACCGAUUUUCGAACUCUAAAUGGGUGAAUUUUGCCGAAUUAAACGCCUUUCUAUUAUUCGCUCUCGGAGCGAUGACGUCACAAUUAGUGCACCAACCCAAAAAACCUCCCUCUCAUUCACACUCA